UGUCGACCUAACAACCGUAUCCCACUGUGUCAACAAGAACCCACAAGCAAUGAGAAGAGCUGGAGGCCUUGAGGGACAUCAGCGAUAAUAAUAAGCCAUGAAGCCUGCUGGAAGUGCCAGCUAAUCCCUUGCAUGGGCCGGAAGCCAGGAGAGGAGGCCCCCGUUAAUGAUUAAUGCCCGGCGGCGGGCACUAAGAGCAGCUGCCCGGGUACACGACGCUGCACACAAUGCUGCUGCUACUGCAGAGAGCGCUGCGCCCGACCUGGGCCCGGGGACUCUGCAGAGCAGGGAAUCCCCGGCACAUGCACCGGAGCCUGGACAUCGCCGGCAUCUACCCGCCCAUUUCCACCCCCUUCACCCCCGGCGAGAAGGUGGACUACGUCCGGCUGGAGGAGAACCUGCGCAAGUACGCCGGCGUCCCGUUCCGUGGAAUUGUUGUUCAAGGAUCAACUGGAGAAUAUGCUUAUUUGAGCCUGGAGGAGCGUCUGGAGGUUGUACGCAAGGCGCGUCAGGUGGUGCCCAAGGAGAAGAUUCUCAUUGCGGGGUCGGGAUGUGAAUCUACACAAGCCACCGUGGAGAUGACCGGUGAGAUGGCCGAGGCUGGAGCAGAUGCAGUUCUGGUGGUGACCCCUUGCUACUAUCGGGGCAGAAUGACCAGUUCCGCUCUGGUGAAUCAUUAUACUAAGGUUGCAGACACAUCUCCAGUGCCCGUUAUUCUGUACAGCGUGCCCGGUAAUACUGUGCUGGACCUGCCCGUGGAGGCUGCAAUUACCCUGGCACAGCACCCGAACAUCAUAGGGAUGAAGGACAGCGGAGGAGAUGUUUCACGUAUAGGGCUCAUCGUCCACAGAACCCAGCACCUGGGCUUUCAGCUGUUGUCUGGGUCUGCAGGCUUCCUGCUGGCUGGAUACGCGGUGGGUGCAGUUGGAGGGAUCUGUGCUCUAGCUAAUGUACUUGGUGCCCAGCUGUGCGAGUUGGAGAGAAUGUGUGUAAAUGCACAGUGGGCCAAAGCCAGGGCGUUGCAGUAUCGACUGAUCGAACCAAACGCUGCUGUGACUCGCAAGUUUGGGAUCCCAGGCGUGAAGCAGGCAAUGGAGUGGUUUGGAUACCACGGAGGUCACUGUCGUUCCCCACUUGUGCCAUUAACAGAACAGGAGCGUAAGGAGCUGAGGAAGGCGUUCACGGACAAUGGCUGGCUGGAUACCCACGGCUAAAUGACCGUCCAUGAAAUCAUUUCACACGUUUUUUUAAAUCAACUAAUAUGAUGAUCAUACAUAUACCAGGGAGACGGCAGUAAGGAAAAUAGGAAAUAUACAUUAAACAACCAGUGGAAUGCUAUUUUGGUGAAAUAUUGCAACAAGUAUCAUAAUUGUUAAAAAAGAUCAUUAUAAAAGGGGAAAUCCAUCCUUUUUUUUUUUAAAUAACAUGCCAAUAAAACCUUUUAUGACAUAGCUAUGUCACUA